AUGUGUAACUACUACUCUAGUGUGGAGGUGGUUGUGGGGGCUCAGGGAGGACAGAUCGGGCAGCAGUGGGUGGGGCUCUACUCUCUACGUUCACCGCUCACCACUCUCUCUUUAAAGCUGCCAACGCUGACACCAGGACACUGUCAGAACCUGCUCCCUGCGUUCACAACAUCUCCCACAAACCGUCAACGUAAACAACUGGCGAGCAACUGCGCCGACCGGAACACAGGAAAUCAUCAGAACGUACAGAACACGGGAUCGUGGGACGCGCUGGGAACAUCAGAAGCACGGACUCCGAACACAGACAUCAGCAGGCACCCCAACAGGCACAACCACAAUCCGGUGGCUCCCGAGGGACGGUGCUGGAUUCGGCCACCAAUGCGCACAUGUCACAGUCCAACCCUGGACCUCAGCGGCCCCGAGCCACAUUCUCAGUCUGGUACUGGAAUGUCAUCCCCGGCGGCAGCUCUCCUCCACACCAGUCCUUGA